CUAUUCAAUGUCUCGUUUGAUUAUCAAAAAUUUACCAAAAGAUCUGACUGAAGACAAGUUUCGAGCCCACUUUGCAAAGAAAGGUGAAGUAACCGAUGCAAAGCUUAUGCGAACAAGUUCGGGUCAAUCUAGACGAUUUGGUUUUAUUGGUUAUCGAUCGAACAAAGUAGCAGAAGAUGCUUUGAAUCACUUUAAUGGAACAUUUAUCAAUACCUCAAAGAUUAUCGUUGAAAAAGCCAUUCCUUAUGGUUCAGAAAAUAUACCACGUGGUUGGAGUAAAUAUACAGAAGGAACUUCAGCUCAUGCUCGCCUUACUGGUGCCAAUAAACAAACUGCUAGUAAAUCUGAAUUCCAAGUUGAAGAAACUGAUGCCUUUCGAAAACAAAAAGAAAAAUUGAUCGAACAUAUUAAUCAACUUAAAGCUGAUGAACAAGAUCCAAAGUUAAAGGAAUACUUGGAUGUUAUGACCUCACGUUCAAAAGGACAAACUUGGACAAAUGAUGAUCUAGCUACUCUCAAAUCCUAUACUGACUCCAAACUUUCUCAGGAUCAAGAUACUCAAGUAAUGAAAUCUACUGCUGCUGCCAUUCAUGAUUCUGAUGAUGAAUUAUAUGAUGAAUUACCUUCCAUUAAGAAAGAUCAAUCAACGACCAAGAAUAUCGAUAAUAAUGAUGAGGAUAUUGGUGAUGAUGAUGAUAACAAUAAGGAAGACACAGAAAUGGUAGAUAAUGAUGAUAUUCCAGAAAGAGCCAAACAAAUCAUGGAACAAGAAAACAAGAAAUCGGAUGAUAUCAGUUUGAUUGAAGAUACUGGUCGACUAUUUCUUCGAAAUCUCCCCUAUUCGUGCUCAGAAGAAGAUCUUCGGGAAACAUUCUCAAAAUAUGGACCAUUGUCCGAGGUUCAUAUGCCCAUUGCAAAAGAUACAAAACAACCCAAAGGUUAUGCUUAUAUCCUCUUUUUACUCCCUGAACAUGCUGUUAACGCUUAUAAAGAACUUGAUAUGAAGGAAUUCCAAGGUCGACUUUUACAUAUUUUACCAGCAAAAGAAAAACCAGUAUCCAAGGAAGAAGAAAUCUAUGGUAUCAAUGGAUCAAAACUCAGUGCGGUCAAGAAGGAAAAGGAACAAAAACGAAAAAAUUUGGCUGGAAAUGACUUUAACUGGAACUCAUUGUAUAUGAGUAGUGAUGCUAUUGCUGAAUCCAUUGCUGAUCGUCUCGGUGUUGCCAAAUCGGAUAUCUUAAAUGCUGAAGCUGAUAACGUUGCUGUUCGAUUGGCCUUGGCAGAAACUCAAAUCAUUUCAGAAACCAAGGAAUUCUUUGAAACACAUGGCAUCGUACUUGACACUUUUGGUAAGAAAGAACGUAGUGAAACAGUGAUUUUGGUCAAAAACAUUCCUUAUGGUACCAGUGAAGAAGAAUUACGAGGUCUGUUUGGUAAAUUCGGUGAACUUGGACGUGUAUUGAUUCCUCCUGCGAAAACAAUGGCUGUGGUUGAAUUCUUGGAACCAAGCGAAGCUCGUCGUGCUUUCCAAUCGUUGGCUUAUCGUCGAUUCAAGGAUACAUUGAUUUAUUUGGAAAAGGCACCUAUGGGAAUUUUCAAGGAUAAAUUUGAUCUCUCCAGUUCUGAUGCUAAGAAAACGAAUGCAAAGACAAUUGAUAACUCUUCUGCUGAUAUAUUACAACUGAAAUCAAGCGCCAACAACGAUGAUGAAGAUCUUUCUGCUGUGGCCACCUUAUUUGUCAAGAAUCUCAAUUUUGAAACAACUGCUGAAGGUUUACGCAAGGUAUUUGCUAGUAUUGAAGGAUAUCGAUCUUCUCGUAUCAAUGUCAAACCCAAUCCUAAGAAUCCAAGUAAACCAUUAAGUAUGGGUUUUGGUUUUGUGGAAUUCAACAAUAAGAAGAACGCUCAAAAAGCUUUAGAUGCCAUGCAGGGAUACAAACUAGAUGGUCAUGCUCUUCAACUAAAAUUCUCUCAUCAUGAAGCUAAUAAUAAAAAACAAAUCAAGACGGAGAAAAUGGAUACUACCAAGUUGAUUGUACGCAAUGUACCAUUUGAAGCAACAGCCAAAGACUUGCGUGAACUCUUUAGUGCAUAUGGACAAUUGAAAUCAUUACGACUACCCAAGAAAUUCAAUGGUGGUCAUCGUGGUUUUGCAUUUUUGGAUUUUAUGACGAAACAAGAAGCCAAGAAUGUCUAUGAGCACAUGUCUAGUAUCCAUUUAUACGGUCGUCAUCUGGUGUUGGAAUGGGCGGAAGAAGAUGAAGGUGUCGAUGCCUUACGGGAAAAGACUGGAAAACAUUAUGCAAAAGAAGAAAGCCAUGGUGGAAGAAUCAACAAGCGACAAAAAGUGGAUUUAGAUGAUAAAGAUGAUAUGGACGCCAUGUCUGACUAGUUUAUUACUAUUAUUAUUGUUAUUUUUUUUCCUCUCUCUUUCAUUCAUCACUGUAUUUAUUUAGUUAUUAUUAUUAUCUUUAUUUAGCAUUUUAUCAUUUAUUAUUAUUAUUAUUUUACAAGAUCAUUCUCUUCAUCAACAUCAUUCUUUGUAUUCAAUAAAAUUCUUUUUUCAUUCA